AUGAGUUGGAUGCUCCUCAGAGAUCUCCUUAGUGGAGUAAAUAAAUAUUCAACUGGAAUUGGUCGAAUCUGGCUGGCUGUUGUCUUUAUAUUCCGUUUGCUGGUCUACAUGGUAGCUGCAGAACAUGUUUGGAAAGAUGAACAGAAGGAGUUUGAAUGCAACAUUAGGCAGCCUGGUUGUGAAAAUGUCUGUUUUGACUACUUCUUUCCCAUCUCCCAGGUUAGACUUUGGGCCUUGCAGCUGAUCAUGGUCUCUACUCCUUCUCUUCUGGUUGCUUUGCAUGUGGCCUACCGUUUGGGCCGGGAAAAAAGGCACAAUAAAAAAUUUUACAUUAGUCCAGGUAGCAUGGAUGGGGGCCUGUGGUGCACUUAUGUCAUUAGUCUUGUUUUCAAAACUGGAUUUGAAAUUGGCUUUCUGGCUUUGUUUUACAAGUUGUAUGAUGGAUUUAGAGUACCCCACCUUAUGAAAUGUGAUAUAAGGCCUUGCCCUAACACUGUGGAUUGUUUUAUCUCCAAACCUACUGAGAAGAAAAUCUUCCUUUACUUCUUGCUAGUCACAUCGUGUCUGUGCAUUGUUUUGAAUAUCACUGAGCUAGGUUAUCUGGUUUUCAAGAAUUUUGUAAAGUGCUGCCUUCAACGAUAUGCUCAGAAUGUCAAAUUCUCAGCUUAUAAGUGUCACAAUGUUGAUUAUGCCACGUGCAAUGAGAUUAAUGUCCCCAAACUGCUCCAAAAGAACAACUCUGACUGUUCCAGAAGCAUUCCUCAAAAACUUGAUAGAAGUGAUUUGCAAGAAGGGUGA